AUGAAGUCAUCCCUCCUCCUACCCUUCGUGACCCUGGCCACGGCCAUCUGCCACCACCGCACUUCACUCUACCGCCGGAGCCACGGCGGUAUCGCCGCCCGCGAUGAGGACGGACACGUCGAGAUUGCAAAGUUCGGCUACGACGACCUCACGGGUCCCCUUAAUUGGCAUGGCCGGAACAACGAGUCGUCAAAGUGCGCCAUGGGCGCGUGGCAGAGCCCCAUCAACCUCAACGACACCUCGGCAACGCUCGUUGCCGGCGCGAGCCUGGGCUUCGACGUCCCCAACCUGCCCGACGGUGCCGCGUUCGAGAACCUGGGCAGCACGCUCGAGGUCGUGGCCGAGAACGGCACGCUGACGAGGCGCGGGCGCAAGUUCCACCUGAGGCAGUUCCAUUUCCACACGCCUAGCGAGCAUAGGGUCGAUAGCGAGUACUUCCCCAUGGAGGUGCAUUUUGUUUUUGAGGCCGACGAGCAGCAGUUGAAGAACUCCACGGGACCCAGCAACUCCGUUGUGGGGUUCCUCAUCGAGGUCGACAACAGCGCGCCCUCGCCCUUCCUGGCCAACGUCUUUGCCCACCUCGACGAGGUCGAGGAGCCGGGCUCGCAAGCCGAGACCCGGGGUCUGGACUUUGACGAGCUGAGGGAACUUCUAGAGAAGUCAGACGUCUACCAGUACGACGGUUCCCUCACGACGCCGCCGUGCACCGAGGGCAUCGCGUGGAACGUCGUGGCGGAGCCGUUGAGGGUUGACGACGUCACGUACCGCGCCGCCAAGAAGAUUAUGAAGUUCAACUCGCGGUACACGCAGAACGUCCCGGGGCAGAGGAACCUGUUGAAUAACUCGAGGGCCAUGCUCAAUGCCAUGUCCCCCUGA